GGUUAAUUGGGUAGGUGAAGAGAGACUAUAAGAGGGAGAGAAAGAGGUCGUAAACCUUUUGCCCUAUUCACAUUUUUAUUAUCUUCCCAUUAGCCAUUCUGUUCCCUGUCUCUUCCUCCUCUCUUUUGACACAUCACAUCAUCAUCACAUCAUCAUUCAACAUCAAUCAUCAUCAUAUGCAUACACAUACAUCGGUGUUCUUCCGAUCGAGAGUUAAUUAGUUAUGGCUUCCUCGAAUAGACACUGGCCAAGCAUGUUCAAGUCCAAACCACAUCCUCCUCAUCAAUGGCAACACGACAUCAACUCUCCUCUUUUGCCUUCUGCUUCCCACCGAUCUUCUCCCUUCUCUUCAGGGUGUGAGGUGGAGAGGAGUCCAGAACCAAAACCGAGAUGGAAUCCAAAGCCAGAGCAGAUUCGGAUACUUGAAGCAAUCUUUAACUCAGGGAUGGUGAAUCCGCCGAGAGAGGAGAUCAGGAGGAUUAGGGCUCAGCUUCAAGAAUACGGCCAAGUCGGUGAUGCUAACGUCUUCUACUGGUUCCAAAACCGCAAGUCCCGUAGUAAACACAAACUCCGCCUCCUCCACCACUCUAAACACUCUCUCCCUCAAUCGCAACCCCAGCCACAACCACAACCACAACAGCAAUCUCUUUCCUCAGCAAACUCGGCUUCCUCUUCCUCUUCCUCUUCUUCUUCCUCCUCCAAAUCCACCAAACCCCGCAAAAACAAGAACAAGAACAACACUAACCUCUCUCUUGGUAGUAGUCAAAUGAUGGGGACGAUGUUCCCACCAGAAGCGGCCUUUCUCUUUCCGGUUUCCACCGUCGGAGGGUUUGAAGGUAUCACCGUCUCAUCCCAAUUAGGGUUUCUCUCCGGUGAUAUGAUCGAGCAACAAAAACCGGCUCCAACUAUGGGGCCAUGUACCGGACUCCUGCUGAGUGAGAUCAUGAACGGUAGUGUGAGUUAUGGAACUCAUCAUCAACAACACUUGAGUGAGAAAGAAGAUGAAGAAAUGAGGAUGAAGAUGUUGCAGCAGCCACAGCCUCAGAUUUGUUACGCUACUACUAGUCAACAAAUAACCUGUUACAACAACAACAAUAACAUCAUGCUUCAUGUUCCUCCCACUACUUCUACUACUACUACUAUUACUACUUCGCACUCUCUCGCUACUGUCCCAUCAACUUCGGAUCAGCUUCAAGUUCAAGCGGGCGCGAGAAUAAGGGUGUUCAUAAAUGAAAUGGAGCUUGAAGUGACCCCAGGACCGUUCAAUGUGAGAGAUGCAUUCGGGGAAGAAGUUGUGCUCAUUAAUUCUGCGGGUCAGCCCAUUGUCACCGAUGAAUAUGGCGUCGCUCUUCAACCUCUUCAACACGGAGCGUCAUACUAUCUGAUCUAGUCGUGUGGGAGAUUUGAGUUUGAAGAAGAAAUUAAGACCUGUCUCUUUCUUUCACCAUCUCUCGUACGUAGGCUUAAAUGUUAGAUUUUAUAUAAGAUAUGGGUUUCAGUUACCUAUUGUGAUGGUGUGAUGUAUGAGUUUCGGACAACAUUCACAAAACUCUCUCGUUAGAUUGUUGACCAAUAUUAUAUGCUCUGUGUUUCAUUCUUAUUUCAUAAUUCUAUAUAAUGUUUGUGUUUCCUC